AUGGAGUGGAACAGGGAAACCAUUUUACACUUUAUAAGUUUAAUAAAACAGCGACCUGCGUUUUGGGAUUUUCAAUCGCCUGAGUAUAAAAAUAAACGAAAACGCCACGAGGCUAUUGAAGAAGUGGGAUUGUUAAUGGGCGUUACACCUAAGGAAGUUAAUACGAAAUGGAUUAUUCUACGAAAUCAAUACAGUAGGGAAAAAAGAAAAAUUACAGAGAGCAAAGGCGACUCGCAAUAUACAACGAAAUGGUAUGCUUACAAAGAAAUGGAUGCCUUAAUGGCGCGUAACAAACGACAAAUUAGUAGCUUUUGGAUGCAGGAAAGCAAAUCAGAGACAGAAGACUCUUCCUGUAGUUCGCCACCCCCACCGUCUCCACGUUUAUCAGGUUCUGCAAAUCAACACAGCCACACGGACUGUGUAACUCAAAGUUCAUCAAUAUAUAAUAAAGCAAUUAAAACAUUAAAAGCUAUAAGAGAAGCAAAGAAUGAUAGUAUAAGCGACGAAUUAACAAAUUACGGAUUAUAUAUUGCAGCUCAUUUGAGAAAACUUUCACCACCAUUGCAAUCCAGAGCUAAAUAUGAGAUUAAUAAAAUAUUAUACGCAUUAGACUUAGAAAGCUUGGGGGAAUAUAGUGCUGCAACUCUUAAUGCAGACAGUGACGAUAUAAUUAUAACGAAAGAAUGUAAAUUUGAUCCACUUGAAAAGGAUUGA